AUGGCUCGUUGUAUUCUCGCCCUCACCGCCUUGAUGCUCUUCUCCUUUCGCACCUCAUCCUCAGCCUGUAACGUCCAAGACAGAAGAGCCCUCGUCGCCUUCAGAGACUCCUUCCCCCCAAACUCACUCCCGUCAUGGACCUCAACCCCCGAUUGCUGCUUCUGGCAAGGCGUCCGAUGCAGCAAGCGCACUGGCCGCGUCAGGCUCCUCUCCAUCUUCAAGAACAAGAACCUCACCGGCGCGAUCCCUCCAUCCAUCGGCAGCCUUCCUUAUCUCGAAAGCAUCGCCCUCAGUCGCCUUCCCAACCUCGUCGGCCCCAUCCCUCCCCAAAUCUCCAACCUCAGGAAACUUCAAUUCCUUACCAUUUAUGAAACCAAAGUCUCCGGCCCAAUCCCCAACAUCUUCUCCAAAAUGCCUCAGCUCAAAGAGAUCAAUCUUUUAAACAACAACAUCACGGGCUCGAUCCCUGCCUCCAUCGGCGACAUCCCCAACCUCUUUACGCUCGAUUUGUCGGGCAACAGACUAACAGGGACCAUCCCUGCAUCUCUCUUCUCCAGGGCUGUGAGCUCGAUUACCCCGGACCUCGAUUUGUCGAACAACAUGCUGACUGGAGACUUACCGUUGUCAUUUAAUAAAGUCAGAUUCACUAACUUCGACCUGUCGAAUAACAACCUCACUGGGAGCUCGGCUUGGGUCCUCUUCGGCAGCUCAAAGCCAGUUACUCAGAUAAUCUUGAGCAGCAAUGAGAUGGUGUUUAAUAUGUCGAAGAUCGAGGAUUUUCCUGUGAACUUGACGUAUUUGGAUAUUAGUCACAAUAAGAUUUUUGGGGCCAUAUCAGAUAAAAUUACUCAGUUGACUAAUUUUGGUUACUUGGAUGUGAGCAACAACAAUUUGUGUGGAAAGAUUCCAAGCGGAGGUAAGUUCAGAGAUUUCGGUCCUCAGGCGUACCAGAAUAACACUUGCCUUUGCGGAACACCGCUGCCUCCAUGCAAAUGA